UUCCUAUAAGCAUUCCAACAUAAUGGCCGGAAAGACACUAGGCCGAUCGUCGGGGGUAAGUUGACAGGCGUGUAGUCUAGUCAUUAUACUCGUACUUUUUUAUUCCCCCUCUGGUCUCCUCACUCCAUACUUCCCUCUUGUAUGAGAAUGACUAAUCUACCACCACCACCACCACCACAACAACAUCAACCCUAUCUGACCAUGUAUCGAAUCUCCAGUCCCUCAACGCCCCCAUAGCCGCCUUCACCAUGGCGGUCAUCCUCUGCUCUUACUGCAUCAGUUCCAUCCACACUGCCCGUCGCGAAGCACAGUCCUCUCCCCCCAUCACUAGCACCACAAAUCCCCGUCCCAAACGGGCGGACGCUCAACAAUCCUGGGUCCAGCAGGCUUUGGAGGAAAGCCGGGGCGGCAAGGACUCUUGAUUCGCGCGCAUGAGACUCAAUUGCUCGAUAUUCAAAAUCUUACAGAAGAGAAGAAGAGCUACAGGCUACAGCUGGCUGGUAUGCCUUGGAUGGGUCUUGUUUUGUAAAUAAAUUUGUGCUUUUGCAUUGUUGUGUCUCUAUGUGACAGAAGAGAUAUAUAUCCUCCAGGCCGAUCAGCCUUGCAUGAGUAAACAGAAGCUGUGUAUCUGGGACCUGGC